UUACAAGAUUAACGAACGAUCUAAAAAUGAAUUCUGGUGCUGGCAAACGGUUGAAGUGCAUCUUUGGAAAAUAAAAGUAAUUUCACUGUUUCAACCAAAUCGCAAUAAACGAUGGAAAACAGAUGCAACAAUACGAAUAUGUUACAUGACAACGUUGUGAAAGGCUACAAAUCAGGGGACUCCUAUAACAAUCAUAGACCAGACUAUACAGAAGAAACAACCAAAUUUGUGCUCAACAAACUGAACUUGGAAACUGAAGGGACAUAUGAUGUUCUAGAACUAGGUGCUGGUACAGGACUAUUUACUAGAAGGUUUCUUCACUAUGACACUAGUAAUUUAAAAGUGAUUGCGACAGACCCAUUGGAGAAUUUCCUUGAGAAAUUGAAGCUGCUGUCCCCAGAUGUAGAAACCUUACAAUGUUCUGCAGAGUCUAUUCCAUUACCCGACUGCUCUGUAAAGAAUGUAGUAUGUGUCCAGUGUUUUCAUUGGUUUGCUAACAAAACAGCUCUAAAAGAAAUUCAUCGAGUUAUGGUACCACAUGGUAGAUUAGUUUUCCUUUGGAACACUCGCGAUGUAACUGAUGCCAGCAAAAUAACUUACGAUAUAUCAAAUUACAUUCAGACCUCCGUGAUAAAAGACACACCAACCCAAUUAAAGGAAACAUGGAUAGGAAUUUUCGAAGAUUUUAAUGGAUUUUCGCCCAUACAAGAACAUUGGUUUCUUCAACACUUUAAACAUUCGGGGUCUGUAGAUUUCAUCAUCAGCUACCUGAAAUCACUGAGUUAUAUAUCAAAGCUGGAGCAAUCAGAACAGGACAAUGUGGAAAGCAAGUUUAGAGAAAUUAUCAACAAUCACCCAGACACAAAGAAGGGGGGCAUAAUAGACAUCCUAUUUAACACUGAAAUAUAUUGGUGUCAAAAACUAUAA